UGGUUUAUUUACGGAAAGUUCAUUACUUCUCCAUAAAAUCAGAGGCGGAUUCAUCGUACAAUUGAGAGGAAAUAAGUCCAUGGAAAAAAAAGACAGAGUGAGGACUCUUUAUCAAAGAAUUUCCAGUAGUUAGCUAAACGUCACGAUCUGCUUCUGGUCCUCAAUGACAGACACUUGACUUUAAGCUAGUAAGAAUGAGCUUUAGACUGUGGACAUUUACUUAUUUGUGACGGGAACAAUUAAGGUUGAGUCGGAUCAGUUUGUGAAGAUGCCAGCUGGGGUGUCUUGGGCUCGGUACAUCCGGAUGUUAGGAGCCAGUGUUUUGGCCAUGUUUGCAGGAGCACAGGCUGUCCAUCAAUACUACCUGCCUGAUCUGAGUAUACCAGAUGUCCCACCAAAGCCUGGUGAGCUUCGAACGGAGCUGCAGGGCUACAAAGUCAGAGAAGAAGCCUUAAAGAAGGUUAAAUCUGAACAAGAUACCGGCUGAUGUGGAUCUACAUCCUCUGUGUGACAGACACUGAAAGAAGCAGAUAGCACUAGCCCCACUAUGUCAUGUGUGGGAUGUCUGCACAUAAAUAUUUUCUGUGUUUUCUUCUAAUGGGACAAACAGGAGAAGAAUAAAGUACCAUACCAUUGGCUAUCAGGGA